GUUCCGCUCUCUAUAAACUUCGCCCUCUGGUUCCUGUUCAAAAAUGACAAGCCUAGUGUGGAGGCACGCGGUGACGUGACAAGAUCCGUCUAUUUUUUUUUUCCCUUUACGAAUAGGAAGGAAUAAACUUUAUCCUGGGCCGCAGAGAAACCCGAGAUCCGACAUAACCCCACUUUGCGAAGCUACCACUUUGCAUUUGGCGUGAUUAAAGGCGCUGGAUGUAAAUACCUUGCGUGGCUGCAUGAACGUAGACCACGAAACACCAGAGGAACGGUCACGUUUUCUUUUUUUUUUUCUUCUAACGGUGGUGCUGUAAUGUAAUGUUGCUGUUCCAGAUGUGCGCAUUCUGAUAUUUCCACCCAUUUGCCACAGUCCACAGACUUUAAAGCCACCAGCUCAAGAUGAUCUCCAGGACGCUUCUUGUCCUUGCUGUUAUUCAUGUGCAAUUCGUAGUGGUCUGCUUCUCCACUCAUGCAGGGACUUCCCAGGUUUCGGAUGUCAGUCACCAGGAAAAUAAAACUCAGUGCGCUUCUGCAUGUGAAAACAGCACAGGCUGUAUGUGGUCUUUCUUUAAUGAAACCGGAAAACAGUGCUUUUUCUUAAAGUGCCCUAAUGUGUCCAUUUGCCAAAAUCUCACCUUGGAAGACAUUCAACAAAAUUCAGACACCAGAAGGGAAGGAAGCUCUGCACUCCAGAACUCCUCUCCUGCAGUCCCAUCCCCAGCGUCUGAACCAGGCCCUUCUAUGUUAGUAUCGCCAACAGCGUUGACAAGAGCCACAUCCUCACCUGCCACAGCAGCCAGAGCAACGUCACUGGCUGCCACCAGUACCCCCUCCAGCAACAGUAGAGCCACGGCAACGUCAUUUCCUGCCUCUGUGGCUACAAACACCUCACCAAUUCAGGACUUGAAUGCCUCUUCGCCUACUAUAGAAGGAAACCCUGAAUCCCAUGUGCCCAGCUCUGGCAGCUUAAACACCACCCAAGAACAGAACACAUCGUCCUCUGUAAAUAAUUCUUCACCAGAGACCCCAUCGCUGACUAGCCCCUCAAAUACUUCAACGCCAAACGCUGGGUCCCCUGAACUUCCACUGCAAAGCAUUCCAUCGCCUUCUUCCAUGGUUCCUCCACAAACCACUGCCGCAUCCCUGAGGACCGUGUCAGCCGAAGUGCCAGUCACCGUAUCGACCAACACCACGGCUGCUCAAACUCCGCAAGGGGAAGCCCGGAGUUCCCCAGCUAGCGCCUCGGAGACAACGAAGAUGACCGCAGUGACAACUGCUGCAACAACAACCGCAACAACAACAGCAAAAACCAAGGAGGCUCCAGUGGCAGCCACAGUGAAGGCCAGCAUCCCUCAGUCUACCACGCACAGUGCAGCCUCAACCUCUCAGCCCAGGCACGUAUCGGAAAGCCUUCCAGGCAACAUGUCCACCUCGCGUAAAACUACCAUGGGAAAUGGGGAAAUAACUGAUAAAGGCCUUUUAGGCAUCGCUGCCGGGCCACUUACCAGGCAGCUGGUGGACACUAGCUCCCUGCUUGCUGUAUUUCUCUUUGGACUUCUGUUUUUUCUUGUGACUGUAGUCUUGUUCCUCACACAAGCUUAUGAGAGCUAUAAAAAGAAAGACUACACCCAAGUGGAUUAUUUAAUUAAUGGAAUGUAUUCCGAUUCAGGAGUUUGACUUUUUUUUUCCACAGAAACUAUUUUUUGUCCGAUAUCCUGAGAAACUAAGAUAAGGUUUACGAAGGGUAUGGUGUGCCAACUUUAAUUAAGAAAACAUUGCUUCCAAGACUCGAGGUACUACAUGGUUAGCUACUCAUCAGAACAUCUGUAAGGCUUAUCCAUACUUUAAUCUCUUGAAUCCUGCAAUUAUAUGUGUAGUUCUUCCUCAUACUUAAGCUGACCAAACUCCGUCUUAAAAAAUUCUGACCUCUAGUACAUUGAGUUAAGUUCACAAAACGGCUCAAUGGCUCUACAGAGCAUAUUUUACAUUUUUUGUCUAUGCAGAUGGUGCUCCCUUUUAGAAUUAAUACAAAUGAGAUAUACACCUGAACACUGAAGCUUAAGUAUUUGUCAAACCCUAUCAUUUAUCUGUGAAUAGUUUUUCUGUUAAGGGUCAAGAUCUUCUGUAAAUAGUUUUUUUUUUCUUUCUUUAUGCAUCCACUACUGUUUGGUGGAUUAAUACGGUACUGCAUAUAUUUUCUUUAAUAUUUAUUUUAUAUCAAUAUGCUUUCCUGAAGAUAAGACAUGAUCGCAUUUACAGUAUCUUCCACUGAUGUUCCACUUGGUGAUGGGAUGCCAAAUGCCUAAGUAAAGCACAUACUUAAAGCCAAUGGAAUUGCUAAGCCAUUUAAAGUGUACUCCAUGAACUAACAAACUCAGUUUAGAACAAUAGGACUUAACAAUGAAUAUGAACCUCAAAACAUGGAAUAAUGCAGAUCAGAAUGUCUCUGUGCCAACUUGCGUAAGUAUUAUUUUUUUACUAACGCAGUGUUGAAAAAUGAAACGGGUUUUGCAAUAAUAAAAACUAAAAACAA